UGUAAGACUAUUUUUGAGGAAGUGUUUACUAAGUGUCUCUCUCACAUUGUCAAACACGACACUCUCAAUUCCUCUGUCUUUCUCCCUGCAUGUUUUCAACGGCCUCCUUCCCCUUUCUUUGUCUGGUUGUUUUUCUGUCAUCCGUCCACAAUCUCCUGGUCUUUCUUUGUCUGGUUGUUCUUCUGUCAUCCGUCCACAAUCUCCUGGUCUUUCUUUGUCUGGUUGUUUUUCUGUCAUCCGUCCACAAUCUCCUGGUCUUUCUUUGUCUGGUUGCUCUUCUGUCAUCCGCCCAUCUCCUGGUCUUUCUUUGUCUGGUUGCUCUUCUGUCAUCCGUCCAUCUCCUGGUCUUACUUUGUCUGGUUGCUCUUCUGUCAUCCGUCCAUCUCCUGGUCUUUCUUUGUCGAGGUUGUUUUUCUGUCAUCCGUCAAUCUCCUGGUCUUUCUUUGUCUGGUUGCUUUCUGUCAUCCGUCCAUCUCCUGGUCUUUCUUUGUCUGGUUGCUCUUCUGUCAUCCAUCCAUCUCCUGGUCUUUCUUUGUCUGGUGGCUUUUCUGUCAUCCGCCCAUCUCCUGGUCUUUCUUUGUCUGGUUGCUCUUCUGUCAUCCGCCCAUCUCCUGGUCUUUCUUUAUCUGGUUGUUUUUCUGUCAUCCGCCCAUCUCCUGGUCUUUCUUUGUCUGGUUGCUCUUCUGUCAUCCAUCCAUCUCCUGGUCUUUCUUUGUCUGGUUGCUUUCUGUCAUCCCCCCACAAUCUCCUGGUCUUUCUUUGUCUGGUUGCUUUCUGUCAUCCGCCCACAAUCUCCUGGUCUUUCUUUGUCUGGUUGCUCUUCUGUCAUCCGCCCACAAUCUCCUGGUCUUUCUUUGUCUGGUUGCUCUUCUGUCAUCCGUCCAUCUCCUGGUCUUUCUUUGUCUGGUUGCUUUCUGUCAUCCGCCCACAAUCUCCUGGUCUUUCUUUGUCUGGUUGCUCUUCUGUCAUCCGUCCAUCUCCUGGUCUUUCUUUGUCUGGUUGCUUUCUGUCAUCCCCCCACAAUCUCCUGGUCUUUCUUUGUCUGGUUGCUUUCUGUCAUCCGCCCACAAUCUCCUGGUCUUUCUUUGUCUGGUUGCUCUUCUGUCAUCGUCCAUCUCCUGGUCUUUCUUUGUCUGGUUGCUCUUCUGUCAUCCGCCCAUCUCCUGGUCUUUCUUUGUCUGGUUGCUUUCUGUCAUCCGUCCAUCUCCUGGUCUUUCUUUAUCUGGUUGUUUUUCUGUCAUCCGCCCAUCUCCUGGUCUUUCUUUGUCUGGUUGCUCUUCUGUCAUCCGUCCACAAUCUCCUGGUCUUUCUUUGUCUGGUUGCUCGCUCUUCUGUCAUCCGUCCAUCUCCUGGUCUUUCUUUGUCUGGUUGCUCUUCUGUCAUCCGUCCACAAUCUCCUGGUCUUUCUUUGUCUGGUUGCUCUUCUGUCAUCCGUCCAUCUCCUGGUCUUUCUUUGUCUGGUUGUUUUUCUGUCAUCCAUCCACAAUCUCCUGGUCUUUCUUUGUCUGGUUGCUCUUCUGUCAUCCGUCCACAAUCUCCUGGUCUUUCUUUGUCUCCAUUUCCCCAACUCUCUUUCCUUUUUCUAUUCCUACACUCCCCCUCCCCUCUCCCCUGUCCCCCUCUCCCCCCUCCCCUCUCUCUUUUCCCUCUGCGGUAUGUUGCUGUGUCUCUCUUGUCCCAUAUAGUCCACAGUGCAAGGCUGUCCUGUACUGUUCUGACCAGUGUUCCCAGGCAGACCAGAUCCGCUGUCCAGAGGAUGCCAGUCACCAGCACUGGUGUGAAAAACUGGCCUGCUACAUGAGCCACGACUCACAGCUUGCCGAGCUGCCAUUCAGCUACGCCGCAGAGGUGACAGCUGUUGAUUUCGACCUGGAACACUUCCUGAAUAAGAAUAAACUGGACAGUGGCUACUGGGUACACUGGAGCCUCCUGGUACGCUCCCCCAGAUAUGAGCUCCAUCCCACAGUGGAACAGUCCAGAGAUCAAUACCCCCACUGGUUCACAGGUCACAGUGAGCCCUUUGGACCCCUGAAAAGGGAGGGAGACAUCUUGCUCUGUAGCCCAGCUCCUCAUGCAGUCCCCAGCGUCACCAAACCACUGGUGUUGUGGAGUCAGUACUGUGAGUGGAGGGGUAUCAGUCUGUCCUCUCCCGUGGCUGUUCUUCUCAGCUCCCCUCUAUCCAUCUACUACAUAAUCACGUCGAUGGUGCCCAAAGACUUUCCAGAGCUCAACAUCCAGAAGAAGCAGUCUCUAAAGAUCCACAUCAUCGACUCCUACAGGGAGUUCCACUGUCUCAAGGUGUUCUGGGAAUUGUCCGUUCUCCUGCCGCACAUGACCUUUGAACUGGUGUUCAUAGGGGAGGGACUUCCCCCUGAGAGUGACGAGGAGCAGCUCUUUCUGCAGAAGAAGAACGGCCGUGUCCACCUGGUUAACCCCAGCUUCACCCCGGAUGAGAAGUUGGACAGGAGGAGCAUCCGGGUCAAAGGUUACCGCAGGGCCUAUCACAUGCUGCAAGGGCCCAAACCUGACCUGGUGAUUGGCUUCAGACCGGCGAUCCUGCAUCAGGAGUCGUGGCUCAGCACACUCCCUAGGCUCCAGUCCCUGAGGGUUCCAGCCUACUUCUGUGAGGUCGGGGAGUUGAGCUGUGUGUGCAGCCAGCAGGUGAUGAGCCAGGCCACCGGGGGCACCCUCUCCCCUGCACACAUUAACCCCUUCCACUGCCCCCUGCGCAUCACUGGAGGAGAUAACAUGCUGCCCUGGUAUUCCAAUGCCUUCAUCUUCCAUCUGAGGUACAAGCCCGUACAUAGUGAGAAACGACCUUCUGUGGCCUACCCCAAAGCCCCGCCUCUGCAGGUAGAGACGGCCAAUCAGGAACCUGACUACCCUGUGAAGAUGAGUCGCAGGGAUAGGAAGCAGGCCGCCCGCAAUAUGCCCCGCAAACGCAAAUGAUGAUAACAACAUGCACACACACUGGCACACACACACACUGGCACACACACACACACACACACUGGCACACACACACACACUGGCACACACAAACACACACUGGCACACACACACACACUGGCACACACACACUAGGACACACACACACUGGCACACACACACACACUGGCACACACACACACCCACACUAUGGCGCACACACACACACACUGACACACAUACACGCACACUGGCACACACACACACACUGGCACACACACAGGCGCGUGCGCACACAAGGUUACUCUCAAUGAACAGACUCAGGGCAGACUAACACUUUAGCUGAACUAGCCUUUUCAUUAAAAAAGACCAGUCAUAGACUCUUCA